AAAUCUCCCAACCUCAAAUUUUACUCCCACGAAAAAGCUCAACUGCUCUUAUUUCAACUACAUUUGUCAACAGCUUUGAAUAGCUCUUCAACAGAUCUACAGACAAAUAAGAAAGAAAACAAAGGACGUUCAGUACUUAGAGAUGAUCAGUACCGGCAGAACUAGCGGCCUUGUACGGCAGCUGCAGUCUACUGCUACCCGCCACCUGCCGUCUUCCCACUCGCGACAGUACGCAGGCGGUUUUCUCGCCGACGAGCUUCGCCGCCUGACGGAUCCUACCGAAGACAAUACUCCGAAAGCAGAGAAGAAGGAUGCUGGGGAUAAAGCAGGAGAGCCAGCCAAAGACGACUCGGAGUGGAGUUUCUUGACCUCCGAGGUGCCGCUGAUGACGAUGCUGCAGCAAUACAAACAAUCCAACGUGCGCAAGGACGGCAGCGAGGAUUGGACGUACGCCAGCAAGGGCGCUCCGGCUCGUCAGUUUGAGCAUGACCAGGAAUCGGUUCGGAAGAACACGGGCCGGAGCACGCUCAAGGAGCGGGAGGUGUUUGAGCGGGUGUUUCGCGAUAUUGCGCGCGGCGCGACGUCCUCGAAAGAGAAAACGCCCGCAAAAGGCGGGAAGAAGAAGGCUGCAAGUAGCUUUUGGGAUGAGCAGCCCUUGUCGUUUGCUAAACCUGAAAGCCCGCUCAGUUUUGGACGGUUUGACAACCAAACGUCGGGAGACUAUGUCAGCUAUAUGCGCAAGAGGCGGUUCACUCCCGGGGCGAGAAAAGACCCUUUGAAAUGGCUCAACAUCGCGAGCCCGGUGAUGGACGCAAACAUGUACCCGCAGUCGCUGCGGGAGAUUGCCAAGAGUCUACAAGACAUCCGCGUGAACUCAACGGUGAUGAUGGACCAGCCGGACCGGGCGGACGAGGUCGAGUGGGAGCGGCAGAGGAUGCUGCGGGAGAUGAAGGACCGGAUGCGGGCGUGCGAGUCUGAUCUCGAGCUGGACGGGAUGCUCGAGCGCGAGGUCUACAAGCCGUUCCGGGAGGCGGCGAAGCACUUCCAGGGCCAGGAGGCGCAGAUUGCGCACGCGACGGCGACGAACUACCCUGCGCUGCUGCUGGAGGCGAUGAAAAUUAUGAACACCAAGUUCCGGGAGGCGUACGGCGCGCUGUCGGUGUUUUACCGGGCGCGGGACUACGGGGUGUACUCGUACAUGCUGGGCUGCACGAUCGACGUCUACAACCAGGCGCUGAGGAUACAGUGGACGAAUUUCCAGGAUAUGUUUGAGUGCAAGAAUCUGCUGGAGGAGAUUGUGGCGAACGGGGUGGAGGCGAAUACGGAGACGAUUGGGAUAGUGCAGAUGAUGCGACGGGAGACGAUGAAGCGGACGUCGGGGACGGAUAGUGAGGGCGCGCUGGAUAUUUUGACGCAGGAGUCGGACGAGUACGGAGCGUCGUACCGUAAUGUGAGAUUUGCUUAGGAUAGAUGUUUAUUAUAAAGAGAAUGAGAAUGAAAUG